GCAUUCCAAAUCACGUGAUAUAAUAUGGCUGCUGGAUGGCGAAACUGUCAUCCAUAGGCGUAUCGAAUGUUUAAACCACUUCAUAUUUAAUUUGCUAUCACAAUUUCACAAAUUUCGCUACACAAUUAACAAAAAAACAAAACCAAACAGGAUAUUCUUUACAAAUUUGUCAAUAUUCAAUGUAAACAUUACAUACGCCAUGACCACCCCCCUUAACUGUGUCUAUGGCCAUGUCAGUUUAGCCAUCCACCGACCACCACUGACAGUUCAUUGGAAUCCCUAAUUGUAAGUAAGGUUAACUCUUGAAAUUUGUUUAGAUCAGUGAUGUGGGAGGGUUUAGAUUUUGUUAAUAAGCAACGAUAAGACGAUUUUGUUCUUUGGAUAUAAACAUUAAACUGCAAUUGGUACAUAAAAUCAAAUUUAACAACAAAUAUGGAAACAAAACAAGAACCUAGUGAGGAAAUUUGUAAAAUAGAACCAGAUAAUGAAGCGUUUGAUGGUCCUUUGGAUGCAUUUAAAAUUGAAAUUAAAGAAGAACCUAAGACAGAAAGUGUAUACAAUGAAUUUGAUUAUUUAGACUUAAAUGAAUUCCCUGUUAAAGCUGAAGUAGAACAAGAUGAAUAUAAAUUCACACCAUUUGAAGAAGAGCAAAAACCAAAUGAAGCAAGUUGUCCCAAGGAGGAGAGCAAACUGGAAACUAUGGAAAAUUUGCCUGCAUAUUCAUCUCAGAAAGAAAAUUAUACAGAUCAAUACGCUGAAGGAGAAAUAUUAAACAAAACUGUGGAAGUUGUGACUGGACAAAGACCUUAUAAGUGUGGAAUUUGUUUUAAGCCGUAUUCUAACGCUGGUCAUUUGAAAAGACAUUUGAAAAUACACACUGGAGAAAAACUUCACAAGUGUGAAAUUUGUUUCAAUCGGUUUAGAACAGCUGAUUAUUUAAAAAAACAUUUAAGAAUACACGGUGGAGAAAAAAUGAAGUGUAAAAUUUGUUUCAAGCAGUUUUCUAUAGUAGGUAGUUUGGCACGACACAUGAGAAGGCAUACUGGGGAAAAACCUUACAAGUGUGAAACUUGUUUUAAGGAAUUUACUGAAUCAGGAAGUUUGAAAAAGCAUUUGACAGUGCACACUGGAGAAAAGUGCUGCGAGUGUGAAAUAUGUUUUAAGCAAUUUACUACAAUAAGUUCCUUAAAAAGACAUUUGAGAUUGCAUGCUGGGGAAAAACCUCAUAAGUGUGAAAUUUGUUCUAAGCAGUUUUCUACUAUAACUUCCUUGAGAUUGCAUACUGGAGAAACGCCUUAUAAGUGUGAAAUUUGUUUUAAAACAUUUACUGAAUUAAGAAGUUUGAAAAAGCAUUUGAGAGUGCACACUGGAGAAACGCCUCACAAGUGUGGAAUUUGCUUUAAGGCAUUUACUGAAUCAUGGAGUUUAAAAGUACAUUUGAGAAGGCACACUGGGGAGAAACCUCACAAGUGUGAAAUUUGUUUGAAGCAGUUUAGUACAAUAACUUCUUUAAAAAGACAUUCGAGAGUGCACACUGGAGAAAAACCUCACAAGUGUGACAUUUGUUUGAAGCAGUUUAGUGAAGCAAGUAAAUUGAAAAAACAUUUGAGAGUGCACACGAGAAAAACCUCACUAGUGUGAUAUUUGUUUUAAGCAAUUUAUUCAAACAAUUCAUUUAAAAUCACAUUUGAGCACGCAUGCUUGAGAAAAACACAUGUGACAUUUGUUUUAAUUUUUUAAUGCAGUUUUCCUGGGCCCAUCCGAUCCACAAGAUCUCCGUUAUCACUGAAGCUAAAGCUUACAACCUGAAGUUGUUAUUUUAUUGUUAUUUCCUAAAACCAGUUGAGAGUUUGUGACGAUAAUAUAAUUUUAUCGUAUAGAGUACGCCAAUGAAUUAAAUAAAACACGUUUUUGUACUGUUUCGAACGAUAUAAAAAUCGGACCGAAAAGCCUAGUUGAUUAUUAUUCUUGGAGCGUUGAUCGAAGAAUAAUAGACAACAGCGAGGUACAAGAGGUGAGUUUAUGUAGGUAGUAUUUCCCGAUUAUUUUCCGCUGUCGUUUUGGCGAGCUGAGCGAAUCCGACAGUUUUCUUCUUACCUAUCCUUUUACCUAUCCUUGUAUGAGCGGUGAUCAUAUAUCCUUAUAUGUCUUUCCAAUCCGGCUAGGUGAGCGGAUCUCCUUUCUCCCCUUUGCUUAUACAUUCAUGUCGUAUUAAUAAAAGCAAUUUCUAUUUCGCGCGAUCGUCAGAAUUAUUCAUUCAUGUACAAAAAUAUCGUCACAUCGGCCCGAACAAUAAGCUCAAUGCGUAGAAAUUAUAAAUAUAUUUUAUUAACGAACUUAAUGAGUAAUUAAGGCUAAUUAUCGUAUCUUCUGUUUAUUUUGAUUCCGAAUAAAAAUGUU